AUGUGGAAAGAGCUUCAGUCGAAAGGAUCAUCUAACUUCCCAUCAAAAAUUCAUAUGGGGGAGAAACCCUAUCAGUGCUUAGAAUGUGGAAUGAGCGUUAAUCAAAGCUCACAACUCACUUCUCAUCACAGAAUUCAUACAGGGGAGAAACCCUAUCAGUGCCUGGAAUGUGAAAAGAGCUUCAGUCACAGGCAGAGUCUCACUUCCCAUCAAAGAAUCCAUACAGGGGAGAAACCCUAUCAGUGCCUGGAAUGUGGGAAGAGCUUCAGUUGCAACUCAAAUCUCUCUUCCCAUCAAAGAAUUCAUACAGGGGAGAAAUCCUUUCAGUGCUUGGAAUGUGGAAAAAGCUUCAGUCAGAGGCAGGGUCUCACUUCCCAUCAAAGAAUUCAUACAGGGAAGAAACCAUAUCAGUGCUUUGAAUGUGGGAAGAGCUUCAGUUGCAGCUCAAGACUCACUUCCCAUCAAAGAAUUCAUACAGGGGAGAAACCCUAUCAGUGCUUGGAAUGUGGGAAGAGCUUCAGUCGAAAGGACAGUCUCACUUUGCAUCAAAGAAUACAUACAGGGGAGAAAUCCUAUCAGUGCUUAGAAUGUGGGAAGAGCUUCAGUGAAAAGUCCAGUCUCACUUUGCAUCAAAGAAUACAUACAGGGGAGAAACCCUAUCAGUGCUUGGAAUGUGGGAAGAGCUUCAGUCAGAGCAGCAAUCUCUCUUCCCAUCAAAAAAUUCAUAAAGGGGAGAAACCCUAUAAGUGCUUGGAAUGUGGGAAGGGCUUCAGUCGAAAGGACAAUCUCACUUUGCAUCAAAGAAUCCAUACAGGGGAGAAACCGUAUCAGUGCUUGGAAUGUGGAAAGAGCUUCAGUCACAAUCGGAGUCUCUCUUCCCAUCAAAAUGUUCAUACAGGAGUGAAACCACAUCAGUGCUUGGAAUGUGGAAAGAGCUUCAGUGAAAGCAGCAUUCUCACUUUGCAUCAAAGAAUCCAUACAGGGGAGAAACCCUAUGAGUGCUUUGAAUGUGGGAAGAGCUUCAGUCAAAGCCCCCAUCUCAUAAUCCAUAAAAGAAUCCAUACAGGGGAGAAACCAUAUCAGUGCUUGGAAUGCGGAAAGAGCUUCAGUCAACGCCCCCAUCUCCUAAUCCAUAAAAGAAUCCAUACAGGGGAGAAACCAUAUCAGUGCUUGGAUUGUGGAAAAAGCUUCAGUCACAGACAACAUCUCACUUCACAUCAAAGAAUUCAUACAGGGCAGAAACCAUAUCAGUGCUUGGAUUGUGGAAAAAGCUUCAGUCACAGCCAGAGUCUCACUUCCCAUCAAAGAAUUCAUUCAGGGGAGAAACCAUAUCAGUGCUUCGAAUGUGGGAAGAGCUUCAGUCACAGCCACAGUCUCGCUUCCCAUCAAAUAAUUCAUACAGGAGAGAAAACUUCUUAG